AUGUACGGCUCAAAGCAUGUCUGGUUGCUAGGCAGUACUUAUCAAUCCAGUUGGUGGUGGUCUGAUGCACCGUGGCAUUCCUCAAUCAUUACGUCAUCAAAAGAUCCUAUAAACAAAAUUAUUAAUAACAUUAAUGGUAGUCAACAACAGCAGCAACAACUACUACUUCGUAACGACGAUGAAGCAGAUGUCGUUGCGUGUGACUUUCGCGCCAUGAACUUGGUCGUGCAAAAUGUUAUAAAUACGGAUUUUACGGAGCUUUCUACGGAUCACAAUGCCAUCACUGUUUCCGGUUUGGAACAACAACAACAACAAAAACCAGCCAACCGACUUCAUGGUUAUGCCUACGACGGUAUAUGGGCUAUAGCCCUUGCUAUAAACAACCACAUCAGAAACCGAAACGUAAACUUUUCGGACCAAAAAUUAUUUCGGACCCAGGAUUUUAGGGACGAAAUGGAUAGGAUCGAUUUUAUUGGCGUUACGGGUCGUGUCAAGUUCAGGUCGGGUGAACGGAUUGGAACUGUGACCUUGACCCAGAUUCAAGGUCGGAACAUCGUCCAUGUUGGUCAUGUAGACAUCCUCAAUGACCAAUUGAAACUCAAUGGUCAUCUAAUGUGGCAUGAUUCGAUUCCACCUAAAGACAGAUCGCACAUAACGAUGAAGCUGCAGUCAAUAUCGACCACCGUGUACGCUUGCGUGUGCGUUUUAGUGGCCGCGGGUGUCCUGCUGAGUAUCGCCUUUUUCACCCUCAAUGUCAGAUAUAAGAGUCACGUGUUAGUGGCGAUGGUGGUGUGUUUGUGGUGGUAG